AUGCGCGCGAUCGCGAGCCACGCGCUCGGCGCGCGCGCGCGAUGCGUGCGCGCGCGCGCGUCGCGCGAGGACGCGUUCGGUGACCGGAGACGCGAUGCCACGUCAUCAGCACAUUCAAACGAUACGAAGAAACGACGCGCGCGCGACGACGCGCGACGCGCGACGACGGCGCCGACGGAGGUGCUGUCGCCGUACGUCGUGCUGAACGUGCCGCGGGACGCGACGACGACGGAGCUGAAGAUUGCGUUUCGAAAGAUGGCCAAGGCGACGCAUCCGGAUUCGAGCGGCGACGCGGACGCGAGCGGGACGGCGUUUCGACGCGCGCACGCCGCGUAUGAGGUGCUCACGGAUGACGUGCGAAGAAGCAUGAUCGACGAUGGAAUCGUGGAUACGUGUCAUGGGUUCUCGUUCGUCGAGGGAGAGAUUCGCACGUCGUUGGAUUACGCGAAGCGCUCGGGGGCGCCUUUGAAAAAGUCAACCGCCGCGGCGCGCGAGCGUCGACGUCGACGGAAGAAGACGAAAGUCAAAGCGAGCGCGUGGGAGGAAAAGGUGAUGUUUUCGCCGAAGAAUCGAGACGAGCUCGUGAAAAAGUGGCACCUCGAGCGAUGGAAUCGCGGAUGGCGGAUGUGGUGCCAGGCGUGGUUCGCGCUUCUGACUUUCGGCGCGCCCGUCGGCGUCGCCUACGCGCUCGCGUUCGCCCAUCAAUUCGCGAUCGCGCCGCACUGA